GAUACACUAGUGAGUUGCUAUGUAUAAGUUAAACACACUUGCGUAGACACUUUGAGUUUGACAUACUCUCACGCUCACAACAUAAAUAUCUUUGCCAUUUUAAUUAUGCCGCCUAGAGGCGAUCCUCUUGUUGUUGGUAGGGUUAUAGGGGAUGUUUUGGAUCCAUUCACCCGUUCCAUUUCUCUUGGUGUGAUAUAUAACAACAGAGAAGUGAACAACGGCUGUGAGUUGAGACCUUCUCAAAUUAUCAACCACCCAAGGGUUAAUAUUGGUGGAGAUGAUCUCAGAACUUUCUACACUCUUGUUAUGGUGGAUCCUGAUGCUCCCAGUCCAAGUGAUCCAAGUUUGAGAGAAUACUUACACUGGUUGGUCACUGACAUUCCUGCUACAACUGGAGCACAUUUUGGCCAUGAGAUGAUGCUCUACAAGAGUCCAAGACCGUCGAGUGGAAUCCACAGAUUCGUUUUCGUGUUGUUCAAACAACUGGGACGACAGACAGUCUACGCUCCACCAUGUCGCGAGAACUUCAACACCCGAGACUUUGCAGAACAAUACAAUCUGGGUUCGCCUGUUGCUGCCCUCUAUUUUAAUUGCCAGAGAGAGACUGGUUCUGGUGGCCGAAGAAGACCACCAAAUUAGAGACUCUUGCCGCGUUAAUUAUUAGCCUGCAUCAUGGUAUCAUAGUUGAUCUGUUAGCUAGGGUUACUGCGACUUGCAGGCAGAGAAUAAAUUCCAUGUUACAUUUGUAUUACCAAGUGCUAUAAUAAUCUGUAUUUUGCUGCUCAUAGUAAAAAUGCGCGCGUUA